AUGCUAACUCAACCAUCAAAAUAUCAAACUAAGACAUAUACUUUCACACCGGCACUUGAGCGUGCACGAAGACCACUACGAGUUCGAAAUGCUGUGACUGGAAUCUUUUUAUUAGGAUUUGUUGGUGCUGUGUAUUCUUAUUCAAUGUUUGCAAUCAAGCAAGAUGAUUUUAGCGAUGUUCCGAUGCCGCCGGAUUUAACAGUUGAUCGUUUGACAAAUUAUUAG